AAGACACGGUGUCUGAUGAGUGAGGAGGGACAAGAUGAUAUUUUAACUUCAGGUUCAGUGGGUUACUGGAGUCAUUGAGCCUUGCUUUUUUCAUCCAUAAAAUGGGGGUAUAAGUUCCACCUCUCCCGCUUUGCUGGACGGUGAAACUCACGUGCAUAUUGGGAGGAUGUUGGUUUGAGUUCUGUCUUUGCCGUUUACUCUGCGCUCCAUUGGGUGAGCUCUUUAUCUCGCUGCACCCUGGCUUCCCCAGCUGUACAGUGGAUUUUAUCAUGUAACCUGUGUAGGAAGAAGUGUGUGGCUCUGCCCAGACACCUCGAGGCCGGAGCCUGCUGCUGCUCGAAUCCAGAUGUUCAUCGUAGGGGCAGGGGACAUGUGCUCGUGUGUGUGUUCAUGUGUGUGCUCGUGUGUGUGCUCGUGUGCACUUGUGUGUGUGCUCAUGUGUGCUCAUGUGCACUCACGUGUGCACUCACGUGUGCACGUGUGUUCGUGUGCGCCCGUGUGUGUGCUUGUGUGUGUGUUCAUGUGUGCGUGCAUGUGUGUACUCGUGUGCUCGUGUGUGCUCAUGUGUGGGACCUGUGCAGUACCACCUACAGCUUCCUGUCCUGCUAACACUGUGCCAUUUACGUGCCGUUUGUAGCUGUGUCCCGGAGCGCCACACCGGGCAUGGACACCUUUCUCCACUCCCGGAGGAGCACGGUCGGAGGUGGACUCACCCAGUCACGAAACUGCUGAGGACAGCUCAGGGGCGUGUGUGCCGAGAAGGGAAGGCGGCGUCUGCGGGCCACAGAGCCAUGCCUUUCGGUCUGAAGCUCCGCCGGACACGGCGCUACAACGUUCUGAGCAAGAACUGCUUUGUCACCCGGAUCCGCCUGCUGGACAGCAAUGUCAUCGAGUGCACACUGUCCGUGGAAAGCACGGGCCAGGAGUGUCUGGAGGCCGUGGCCCAGAGGCUGGAGCUGCGGGAGACGCACUACUUUGGCCUCUGGUAUCUCAGCAAGAGCCAGCAGGCACGGUGGGUGGAGCUGGAGAAACCUCUGAAGAAGCAUCUGGACAAAUUCGCUAAUGAGCCUCUGCUUUUCUUCGGAGUCAUGUUCUAUGUGCCCAAUGUGUCCUGGCUGCAGCAAGAGGCCACAAGAUAUCAGUAUUACCUGCAAGUCAAAAAAGACGUGCUUGAAGGGCGCCUGCGGUGUACGUUGGAACAGGUGAUUCGGCUAGCCGGCUUAGCUGUGCAAGCUGAUUUUGGAGAUUAUAAUCAGUUUGAUUCUCAAGAUUUCCUCAGAGAAUAUGUGCUGUUCCCUAUGGAUUUGGCCCUGGAAGAGGCUGUUCUGGAGGAGCUGACUCAGAAGGUGGCCCAUGAACACAAAGCCCACAGUGGAAUCCUGCCCGCGGAAGCUGAACUCAUGUACAUCAACCAAGUGGAACGCCUGGAAGGAUUUGGACAGGAAAGCUUCCCUGUAAAGGACAAUCACGGAAACAGUGUGCACCUUGGUAUUUUCUUUAUGGGGAUUUUCGUGAGAAACAGAAUUGGAAGACAAGCAGUCAUAUACAGGUGGCAUGACAUUGGGAAUAUCAGCCACAACAAGUCAACCAUCCUAGUGGAGUCCAUCAGCAAAGAAGAGACGGCCCUUUUUCACACGGACGAUAUCGAAAAUGCCAAAUACAUUUCUCGGCUGUUUGCUACGAGGCACAAGUUUUACAAACAGAACAAAAUCUGCACUGAGCAGUCAGAUUCUCCACCACCCAUCAGACGCCAGCCUACCUGGAGCCGGUCCUCCCUGCCCCGGCAGCAGCCGUACAUCCUGCCACCCAUGCACGUCCAGUGUGGUGAACACUACCCGGACACCCACACUUCACAAGACAGCAUUUUUCACGGGAAUGAAGAAGCCUUGUAUUGCAACUCUCACAAUAGCCUGGACUUGAACUAUUUAAACGGGACCGUUACCAACGGCAGUGUAUGCAGCGUUCACAGCAUCAACUCCCUCAACUGCUCCCAGAGUUUCAUCCAGGCGUCUCCUGUAUCCUCCAACCUCAGCAUCCCUGGGAGUGACAUCAUGCGGGCUGACUACAUCCCCAGCCACCGACACAGUGCCAUCAUCGUCCCGUCUUACAGGCCGACCCCUGAUUAUGAGACCGUCAUGCGGCAGAUGAAGAGGGGCGUCGUGCACACAGACAGUCAGAGCCAGUCUCUGAGAAACCUCAACAUCAUCAACACCCAUGCCUACAACCAGCCAGGGGACCUGGUGUACAGCCAGCCUGAGAUGCGGGAGAGACACCCUUACACUGUCCCUUAUGGGCUGCAGGGGGGCUACAGUAACAAACCCAUCAGUCCGUCUGACCACGUAAGCCCAAAGAACCACAUGGUGCCGAGCAAGCCAGGGGCAAGUGCUAUCUCACACACAGUGAGCACCCCAGAGUUGGCCAACAUGCAACUGCAAAGCAGCCAGAACUACAACACAGCCCAUAUGCUCAAAAACUAUCUCUUCAGGCCCCCGCCCCCCUAUCCCCGGCCCCGCCCAGCCACCAGCACCCCGGACCUGGCCAGCCACCGCCACAAGUACGUCAGUGGCAGUAGCCCGGACCUGGUGACGCGGAAGGUGCAGCUGUCAGUGAAGACCUUCCAGGAGGACAGCUCCCCCGUGGUACAUCAGUCUCUGCAGGAGGUGAGUGAGCCCCUCACGGCCACCAAGCACCACGGCACAACCAACAAGCGCCACAGCCUGGAGGUGAUGAACAGCAUGGUUCGGGGCAUGGAGGCCAUGACACUCAAGUCGCUCAACCUCCCCAUGGCUCGCUGCAACACGCUCCGGGAGCAGGGGCCGCCUGAGGACGGGCCGGGGGGCCACGAGGUGCACCAGCUGCCCCAGUACCACCACAAGAAGACAUUCUCCGAUGCCACAAUGCUGGUCCACAGUAGUGAGAGCGAGGAGGAAGAGGAGGCUGCGGAACCGGUGCCGCAGAUCCCCGUGGUCCGUGAGAAGGUGGAGUACAGUGCACAGCUGCAAGCAGCCUUGGCCCGCAUCCCGAACAAGCCCCCGCCCGAGUACCCCGGCCCCAGGAAGAGUGUUAGCAACGGGGCGCUGAGGCAAGACCAGGUCAGCCUUCCUUCCGCCAUCGCCAGAGCCCGGGUGCUGAGGCAUGGGCCUGCCAAGGCCAUCAGCGUCUCCCGAGCAGACCAGCUAGUUGUCAAUGGGGCCUCCCUUGGGCCCUCCAUCUCAGAGCCUGACCUGACAAGCGUGAAGGAGCGGGUGAAAAAAGAGCCAGUGAAGGAAAGACCUGUGUCUGAAAUGUUCUCCCUGGAGGACAGCAUCAUAGAGAGAGAGAUGAUGAUCAGGAAUCUGGAGAAGCAGAAGAUGGCAGGCCUGGAGGUGCAGAAGAGGCCUCUGAUGUUGGCAGCGCUCAACGGGCUCUCGGUCGCUCGGGUCUCAGGGCGGGAGGAGAGUCGGAUUGAUGCCACCCGACUUCACAUAGAUGAGAGGUUCAGAACCCUGAAGAAGAAGCUGGAAGAAGGAAUGGUCUUCACGGAAUAUGAGCAGAUCCCAAAGAAAAAGGCUAACGGCGUAUUCAGCACAGCAGCUCUCCCAGAAAACGCCGAGCGCAACCGAAUCCGAGAAGUCGUCCCCUACGAGGAGAAUCGAGUUGAGCUGAUACCAACCAAAGAGAAUAACACGGGUUACAUUAAUGCCUCCCAUAUCAAGGUGGUGGUCGGUGGGGCAGAAUGGCACUAUGUCGCCACCCAGGGGCCCCUGCCACACACGUGCCACGACUUCUGGCAGAUGGUGUGGGAGCAGGGAGCGAAUGUGAUUGCCAUGGUCACCACAGAGGAGGAGGGCGGACGUACCAAGAGCCACCGAUACUGGCCCAAGCUGGGCUCCAAGCACAGCUCAGCCACCUAUGGCAAGUUCAAGGUCAUCACGAAAUUCCGAACAGAUUCUGGUUGCUAUGCAACCACAGGCUUGAAGGUCAAGCACCUUUUGUCUGGGCAGGAAAGGACAGUGUGGCAUUUACAAUAUACCGACUGGCCGGAUCACGGCUGCCCAGAGGACGUCCAAGGAUUCUUGUCCUACUUGGAAGAGAUCCAGUCGGUCCGUCGCCAUACCAACAGCAUGUUGGAAGGUGCCAAGAACAGGCUCCCCCCCAUCGUUGUCCACUGCAGCGCUGGCGUGGGCAGGACGGGCGUGGUCAUCCUCUCGGAACUGAUGGUCUACUGCCUGGAGCAUAAUGAAAAGGUGGAAGUACCCAUGAUGCUGAGGCUGCUCCGGGAGCAGAGGGUGUUCAUGGUCCAGACCAUCGCUCAGUACAAGUUUGUCUACCAGGUCCUCAUCCAGUUCCUGCAGAACUCCAGACUCAUCUGAUCCCUCUCGCCGACGGGGAGGCACCUCCGACAACAUCUGCUCCGGAUGCGGAUGGCUGGCAGCAGGCAGGCCGUGGGCUCUCCGAAGACGGGAGCCAAGAUUCUUCACAGACAGACGUCAUGUAUUAUUUUAUAUGAGAUAAUUUAUUUUCCUCCUUCGGAAUAACAUUUGUGAUUUAUUUUAAUGCAGUUUUCACAAUGUAAUGCUUUUUCAUUUGAACCACAUGGUGACUGAUCUGCAUUGUAACACGUGAGCGGGGACGAUUGCCCGGUGGGUCAUUGUGGGGACUGGGGCAUAAGGAACACAUCUCUAGUGAAGUUGCUGCCAGAUUUGUAACCAGCCCUGAAAUCCAUCAGCUUAAUUGCUCAUGUCCAAACCAAAGACGGCAAGAAAAUGAAUUCAUCCUGAAAUACAAAGAAAAGGGUCAAGAGCCUUUUCUGAAGAAAAACACACUUUGCUCUUAGAUUUUAUUUUCUGGCUCAUGAGUCUUGAUGGACGGUUGGCCUCCUCGGUCCUUCCUUUCUGCCCUCUCCUUCGUUAGUCUCUCUCUUUUUUUUCCUCCGUCCAAGCUUGAGUUAGAGAUGGGAACAGCCAGGGGAAGGCUCCCUUUUGCUGUAGUACUUGCCAUCUUCCAGGCUGAAUGGGCAGCUCUUGCCGUAUCUGUCCUGACCACCCAUUAUCCUGGGCUCUGGAGCCUGCGUUUGCGUGCUGGGGACCGCACCCUGGGCCUUUGCCACUCUCCCUGUGCCCUGUGUCCUCCGAGAGGAAACAGGGCCUCGAGGCCCUGGGCCAGGCCAUCUGCUCAAUUAGGCCUCUUGCCUGAUUGAGAGGGGAUAGUGGACCAGAAGGGGAAGAGAGAGGAGUCAGGCAGAGCCUUGGUAGUUGUUCUUAUGUAAAUGAGAUGUUUGUGCUGGCCAGGUGCCUGGAGGUCGGGGUGCUGGGUGCAUGCUGUGUUUUCUGUCACGUGCUGAGUCAGUGGGAAGGCUGUAAAGGGAGCGGUUGGUGAGGCUGAUUGAUGGGGGCUUAUUUGGCACUUAGGUGGCAGGGGCUCUGGCCAGGAGCCCCACACAGUGAACCCCACUGUGGCGGGGAUCUUCUCUGGGACCAUCUCCAGGCUCUGGCCUGCAGGAGUAGAACAAAUCCUGUUCACGCCUCCAUAAUCCAGAUCUGGACCCAUUUCAUGAAGGAUGGGGAACUCAGUCUCCCUCGAAGGAGCCCAGGUGGUACAGUGGUUAAGUGCUUGGCCGCUAACUGAAAAGUCAGUGGUUCGAACCCACCAGCUGCUACAUAGGGAAAAGAUGUGGUGGUCUGCUUCUGUAAAGAUUACAGAAACCCUAUGGAACAUUGUACUCUGUCCUGUAGGGCCCCUGUGAGUCAGGUUUGAAGUCCUUUGCUGCUUUCCUUCUCUCCUUGUAACUCCCUCUCUGGUCCAUCGUGGUGUUAACAUACCCACAGAGUGGCUCCCCGCUCCUGUCUGUCGUGAUGUUAACAUACCUGUAGCGUGACCCCCCCUCUGGUCCAUCAUGGUGUUAACACUACCUGCAGCGUGAAGCCCAGUUUGGUUUGUCCUUUCCUUGCGACAUAAUUGGCCACCGUCCAUCCUUCUGAAUUGCGUAGGCUAGUUUUUUAGUACACAGGGAAACAUGCUCCACACAUUUCCCCUUUCCGAGUUUUUGGGGAGUUUUCCUUUCUACUGUCUAGUUUUUCUUGAACAGAUUUUUUAAUUAUGGCUUUAAUCUUAGACAUGACCCUUAUGAUUGUUCCAUUAUGCCUUCCUCCAUUAGCUGCCCUUUUUCCUGAGCUGAAAAUACAAAGAGUGGCAUCAAAUCGACAAGAAAGAGCAUGGCUUUGUGACUUCCUGUCACCAUAAACAGCUAUUGCAAGCAGAUUAUCUGGAAACUACUUGGGACUGUGAAUGAUCAGCCCAUCUCAUCAUCAGUGCCGAACCUCUGGCUAGGUGCGGUGGUGGUUGUACUGAAUUUAAAUUCCGAGUACCUGGGGAUGGAGGGCUUCCCUUUACUCCAAAAUCUGAACAGUCAGUCAAGGAGUAUAACUUCAAUUGAGCUUCGUAGAUCUCGGAAUUCUUGUGUAUGUUCUAGAAAGAAAACCGUUAGUGUUACGUGUAUUUUCAAUGGAACAGUUUAUCACCGUCACUAUGAGAAGCUCAGAACUUGGAUCAUCAACAGGCAAAGAGGUAUUGUUUCCUUUCUUUAAGAUUUUCUCUCCUUGGGGUACUCUGCUGUUGAACUAAACCAAGCUCAUAGUGACCCUAUAAGACAGAGUAGAACAGCCCCAUAGGGUUUCCAAGGAGAGGCUGGUGGAUUCCAACUGCUGACCUUUUGAUUAGCAGCCAAGCUCUUAACCUCUGCACCACUAGGGCUCCACUUUGUCAUUAGGGAUGUUUUAACAAUUGGUCUGCAGUUAUGGGUUUAUUGCAUAAUGAAAAACAUCAGUGUUUCAUCUUUUACACCCAGCGUGGGCACUGUUCAAGUGUCUCCUGUGGGCACCGUGUAGAUCUGGUGUCUCUUUGAAGCCAUCACGUAAGAGUUCCUGUAAACCCGUCCGUUUCCUACCUUGUGCUGUGCAAAUCUCCAUUGUGCACAAAAUGCAGGGAAGAGGUAGGUUUGAUAUCAAAUUUCCUACCCAAAGUUUAUCUUUAAACCCAAAGGAAAACAGUUCAAAGUUAGUCCCCUAAGGUUUAAAUAUUUCCUUUUUAAAAACAAACGUUUUUUGUUCUUCACCAUGUUUUGCAUUCCUUUUUCACAUCUCCAGCAAAUGCCAGCAUAGCUCCUGUUAAAUUCGCAUCAACCAUUUCAAGUCCUUUCCGUGGCAUCUGCAUAAUAAUUGCCCAGAGUUGCUUUAUAUCUGGGAAGCAAGCCAAGGAAUAAACCUUGGAGCAAAGUGUAUUAAAUUAGUUACCUAGUUAGGGCUUUUGGGAUGAUUUCCUGGUGAGGUAUCAAGUCUGAAGCUAGAGCUGUCAGGUUAUAUUGCUGCAGUUUGGACUGGGAGGGAGAAAAUUAAAAAUGAAAGGAAAAAAAAAAAGAUCCCAUCUCAGACCAGAAUCGGCAGACACUCUCAGCCCCUGGUUUUGGAGUUUCCUGGUUGGGCUGUUAUGUCUCUUAUAUCCUCAUGUUGACCCAAUUGUUCGUCCCUGUUCCUGGUAGUCCUGGGAUCAUGGGACCCGAGCUUGGUGUCUUCAUCCUUACGAUGAGGUGAGACAGCUGGCGAGGUUAGGCAAGGUUCUGCUGAGCUUCAUUUGGUGUCGUUGGGUUCUCAGGAGAUACCGCCUUUUAGAAAGAGGCUCUGGUAGCAUUUGCAGGUAGCAUCUGCGUUUAUACACGCCUCUUUCCUCGAAUAGGAAGAGAGGGAGCUGCAUUGGUGAGGUGUGUCAGACGUCCAUUUCUUUGUAAGACACUGCAGAAGUAUGGGCUUCUCUCUCAGCUGGAGGCGCACAGUGAGGUCAGGGAAGGGGAAGGCAUCUCCACGUGGGAUAUUUGGUGUAACAAGCUUUUGUGAAGCUUACAUGGGAAGAACUUUGCUUCUGUCAUUUUUGUGGCUUGCUUAAGAGUCACUAAGCUACCUUGGGACCUCCCUCCUCUACCAGCUUGAGAGAAGGUCUUUGUGGACCCCGCUGGGCAAGUCCUGUGAGUCUUAGCUGCCAGCUUGCCCAGGACUCAGGGACCUUUAUUCUGCCUGCUCCCAGCUUUUGGCGUUUGGUUAUAAACCCAAGUAGGACUGUAGAUCAAUGUUUUACCCAGCUGACCACCUUUCUUCUUGUUUCCAGCAUAACAGAGGUUGCCCCAUAUGAAAUUUCCAGUAUUUGACCAUAUUUUAUUUACAGAGUGUUCACGUGGGUCAACCUAUGACGUACAGUUUGUUUCUUGCUCCGGAUAUGGUGUGGAUCCUGACACCCCACAUGCUGUGUCUCCAGCAAGGGCUAGUGAGCAGGGAAGGGGGUGCAGGGGGCAGUCAGCUUCUGUGAACCAGCCGCUUUGCCGUGACUGUCGGUUCGCUGGCCGAGUGGACCGUCUCCUGGGGCUUGAAAGUUGCUCUCUGAAGAGAUGGUUGUACACUGUUGAUUCUGACAGGCUGGGGUGACCAUAAGGCACACACGCCUGUGGGAUUUUCAGCUGCCAUCCUUUCUUGUGGUGUACUCUGUCUGAGCUGUUCCACAAGCACUCGGCCCAGAGGUUACGGAACGUGAUGCACGCGCCUGAAGGUGUCGUCAGUCAAAAAGCAGAGUGUGCCUUCUGAUCCCUGCGCCACGACCAGCAGACAGCAUGGUUGCUGGUGAAAGCAGGUGGAGCCAUUGAUUUUCUCUCUGGGGAGGGGAGGCACGCCAAGACGUGUGCCAGGGAACUUACGACUAGGGGUGCGACUGGGUCAGACCCACAUUGGUGCUAAAUCUAUCCUCCAUUCCUCCUCGGUGUCAGAAAUAACUUUGUUGGGCAAAUAGAAUAAAGUACUUUCCAGAAGCACCAAGUAAUCAUUGUUGGCCUCUUCAAAUGGUCCUUGGUGGGAAUACAGCUUCCCCACGUUUUACUGAAGACCCUCCUGCAGCUGUGUUUUAUUGACUGGGUUUUAGCAGACGUUCAUCAGGCUGCAGUUGCCUUUAACGAGCAAGGGAACGAAUCAUGUAGCUGUGCCUCCCAGUGGAGACAUUUGGGUUUUCCAUGGACACCUUACAGAUUUUCCAAUGGUCUAGAGAUUGUAGGUGACAAACUAGUCAGCUCUAAAAACAGGGUAGAAAUAAAGCUCCAAGUUGUUAAUCACAUUGGACACUGCCUUUGAACUAUGAGCAAGGAAACAGUGGUUUUCAUCUUUACCUCAAAAUGUGUUUAGCUUCUAAGAUAUUCUGAGGCAAGAGACCUUACCGAUGCCUGUAUUGAACGUAACAGCAGCUGCUUGGGAGAAAUAGGGUGUGUCCAGUCAAGUCCUGCAAACCCAAGUGUGUUGUCCAGAAGUCAGCAUUACUCAGGGGUUCCUGUUGAGACUCACCUCGCCUGUGCUCAGCUCUUGCGUUUUAGUUAUAAACUCAGCUCGGUAAGCAUUUUAUCCUGCCGAUUACCCUUGUUAUCUUUUCCCGCUUAGUACAGCUCAUCUCCUUUCCCAGGCCAGGUCUUCAUCCUGAACUAAAAUGUUUCCUGUUGAAAUGUCCGUGGGCCUGCCAUCAAGGAUCUGGCAUCAGUCGCCCGGGUGAUUUACUGUGUUUGGUGCCGUAAAGGGAGGGUGAGCUUCAGUUCCUCCUGUUCAGAGCCUCGUUCCGCCCUCCCAUUUUAAAAAUAAACUCAGCAACAUUUAGCUGUGAGGCAGGAAGGCCAGGCUGACGUGCAGCCUGAACUGGACUGCUGUCUCUGUAGGAAGUUCCUUGAGCCACGCAGAUCAGUCUUCCAAAAAGUGGUGUAAGCUCUCCCAGAGAGGGAGGGUGUUCAGACCAGCCUUGAGGCUGCUAUCAGAAUGUUCAUUGCUGGAAUUUUCUCACCUCUGGGACACUACUCCCUACCACCCCUUGUGCAGUGCCAAAGUGACGAGACUGUCGGUGGCACCCCGGGAAAGACUUGCUACUUUGGGUUCUCUUCCUUGCUCACCAUUUCAAGCUGCGUCCUCGCUGUCGAGGUGGACCUGUUGGAUGUCAGGGGUUUUGAUGUGUACCUCAUCGUAGGUGGCUGCUCAAGAGCUCCGUCUCCCCUUGCUGGCCACUGGUAGCCUUCCUUUCCUAGCAGCCUUACAGCAGAGCUUCUGGUGGCGCAGUGUUUCUCAGGGGCCCCCCACACCCCUCAGUUGCAGUUAGCUAAUGAAUACGUUCAGCGUAAAGGUGAAGGCUCUAAUUUAGAGCCUUUUUUUUUUUCUUUCAACUUUAACACUAUGAAGUUUUCUUGCACUUUCCUUUUUCUUGCCACUCUUUGGAAUCUGUAAGACUGUUGACCUUAUCCUUUCAGAAGUUGGGUUACACUUCAUCAGAGAUGAUGUCAAUCCUGCCUGUGUCCUUUGUUCCUUCAGGAGUUGACCAACCUGCUUGAGGAUUCUUAAAUGGAAAACAAGGUUUCCAUAUGCAGGUGACUUUUAGUGUAUAACCUUGUGUAGCCUCUGUUACAUCAAGAAGCAGGCUAAUCUAGUUUAUUACUGGACUGUGUUGGGCAUUUUCAGUAUUUUCAUGCUUUUGUUGAUCUGUGUUUCAUAAAAUGUUGUGAAUUUUGGUAAAAUUCAAGACAGCUGACAUUUAGUAAGUUUUCAAUUCGAUGUACAGACAAGUUCCCUACUUAGAAACCAGUUUGUUCUUAAGGUUCUUGGGUCAGCCCACAAAAGCCUGCUGUCUUCCAGAACUCUGCAAGGUCCUAUUGGCAACAUCCGGUUGGCUUUUGUGGGCUGACCUGGAAAUUUAACCACAUCUGUGUCGUUGCCAUAAAAGAUGCAUUCCACAUUGGGACUUGGGGUCCUGAGAACGCGUUCUCCUCCCCAUAGGUGCCCCUCGCAAAAUGGAAGCCCAGUCCCUGUCCCACCAAUGACAGCUUAAGGGGAGAGAGGGACAGAAAAGCUUGUAGGACAUUCCCUGAGUUGGGGACUGAUUUUUUUUACCAAUAUCCAUGUCAAUUUAGUUUGGUAUAAACUCCCUAUCAAUUUAAUAAUAUUAAAAGCCUUAAAUAAAAUUAUGCAUGCUAUUCUAUGUGCUGUUUUAUAUCAGUAAAUAAGCUUGUGCUUGUCAGUUUUAUACAGUUACUAGGUGUAUAAAGCUGACUUUUUUGACAGUAUUUUUUGCACUGUUUCCUAUCUGUUUUUAUAAAGUCUUAUUUAGAUACUAGUCUUAGUUGCAUAUUGUUCAUGUUCUCACUACCUUGUUAUUACUGUAUAAUGUUUCAUAUGUGCCUUUCCAAAUGUGAGAUCUUUAUUCUAACCUUUUUUUGUAAAAGAUAUCUAUUGAUUUCCAUAUGCAAUAAACCUUUUUUUUUUCAGAGAAAACAGCUGAAUCUUCUUCUUUUCUGUAUUAUGUAUGUUUGCAUUAGUUAAAAGCAUUUUUAUCCCUUUCAGAAUUAUUGUUACCAGCAAAUUGCCUGGGAAAAUUUGCUUUCUCAUUUUUUUUUAAGUCCAUUUAUUUCUGUCCACUUUUUAACUGUUGCAUAACUUGAUCACACUGAAGACUUAGAUUGAAAGCUGCAAAGUCAUCAUGGUUAACCCCACAGAGGCAAUCACUAGGCAAAUGGUGUGAAGGGUACUUAGGAAUGGGUCUUUCUCACAAAUGCAGUGAUAAC